AUUCUCCCCUACCCUCCAUCAAAACCGAAACCUAUUCCCUGAUCUUGCAAUGGAGUACUCCAAAUGGCUGCUUUUUUCGACGAUGGCGAUGAUGCUGGCAGUGGGGAAGUGCCAGGAGUCUGUGAAGCCAUUGGUGAAGAUAGUUAAGGGCAAGAAAUUGUGUGACAAAGGCUGGGAAUGUAAAGGGUGGUCUAAGUACUGUUGCAACCACACCAUUUCUGACUAUUUCCAGACUUACCAAUUUGAGAACCUUUUCGCAAAGCGUAACACGCCCGUGGCUCAUGCGGUCGGCUUCUGGGAUUACCAUUCUUUCAUCACUGCUGCUGCUCACUAUCAGCCUCUUGGCUUUGGGACCACUAGCGAGAAGCUUCUGAAUAUGAAGGAAGUUGCUGCUUUUCUUGGUCAUGUCGGCAGCAAAACUUCAUGUGGGUAUGGAGUGGCAACCGGGGGACCAUUGGCUUGGGGUCUUUGCUACAACAAGGAAAUGAGCCCCAGCAAAGUGUACUGUGACGACUACUACAAAUAUACCUAUCCUUGCACCCCAGGAGUUUCUUAUCAUGGCCGUGGUGCCUUGCCUAUCUACUGGAAUUACAACUACGGAGAAACCGGAGACGCUUUGAAAGUGGACUUGCUGAACCACCCAGAAUACUUGGAGGACAACGCAACGUUGGCUUUCCAGACAGCAAUCUGGAGGUGGAUGACUCCGGUUAAGAAACACCAGCCUUCGGCACACGACGUUUUCGUUGGAAACUGGAAACCGACCAAGAACGACACAUUGGCCAAAAGGGUUCCAGGCUUUGGAACCACCAUGAAUGUUCUUUAUGGAGAUCAGGUUUGUGGACAAGGUGAUAGCGACUCAAUGAACAACAUCAUCUCCCAUUACCUAUAUUACCUUGACCUUAUGGGAGUCGGCCGGGAGGAAGCUGGUUCCCACGAUGUGCUCACCUGUGAAGAACAAGAGCCCUUCAGUGUUUCUCCUUCAUCUGCCACAUCGUCGUGAAGAAAGGGAACUCAGAUGGGUUAAUGUCGGAAAUUUGGUUCUUCGUGUGAUUUCCACUGUGCGUUGAUGGCAACGAUUAUGGAGUUUUACUUCAGUUUGUGAUGGUUGUAUACAUUUUGAAAUUCAUAUUUUAUUAUCAAAUGGUGUAUAAGAGUAAUAUCUAUUGCCAAUACUUUGCAUAUGUAAUUGGGAUCUUUCUCUAAUGAAUGCCUCAAUUUAUUUUUA